GGAAAUUAUAAUGUGGUCGACGUAGGGGGGAGAACCAGGAGUGUGGAAGGUGCAGGGGGGGCAAAGCCAUUCGCCAAAGCAAAGGUAUCGAUCAAACGAACGCGAGAGUGUACCCGUGGAAAGUUGCUUUUCGAGCUGUCAGUCAGAGCGAGGGUUUUGAGGAGGGAGUGAGCGUUUUCCAAAGCUCCGUUCGCUACGCCGACUGGUUGGCCCGCCCGCCCGAAACACUACGCCCACCUAGACGUUCCCAGAGCGCUCUGGCGAUCGCUUCUUUUACCGGCACAGCGCCAGUCGAGACGGCCAGUAGUAACUCGCUCUCGCCAUGGCACGGUCGUAAACAACUCAAGCUCUUCGACUUUAACCAUUGACACCAAGCCCACGGAAGCCGCUAUCAUGGAGAACUGAGAUGUUUGUGAGUUUGCUGCUAAAGUCUCGAGGAUAGUUGCCACUUGGACAUUUAUUUUUUCCGAACUUUUGAAAAUUUCAAGAACUUGGCACACUUAUUCGAAAAGACUUGACUGUAUGUCAUUUGAAAUGGCAUCAGUAAUUAGUAAUGUGGGCUGAGAAUACUUUAAAAUUUUGGCGAUGAGCUAGUUAGGAAGUUUCAUCGUGGGAAGAUCUUUGCUGUUUACAUGUUAUUAUUGUUUACAGUCACAUUGUAAUCGUAUUAUUGUCGACUGAACUUUGCAACUGAGGAUCUUAGACACUUUUUUUAAAAAACAGAGGGGUAUUAACUGAAACCACAAAUUAAAAGAACAUUUAUUAGGACUAUGAGCUUUUAGUCUUUGACUAUUUCCGAACACAAAUUCUGCGGCAACUAGUCUUGUUUAUAUUUUACUUCUCAAAUACUCAUAAACUCUUCGUUCGAAAAUGAGUUCUUACCAAUUUGUGAAUUCGUUGACUUCCUGUUACGGACAACGCAGCCAAGACUCUUCGAGUCAGGACUAUUACACACCUCAGGUACAAACCUAUGGAGGUUGCUACAGUGGUCCAGGAUCACCUGUUCAACAAUACGGGCCCUAUCCGCAGCACAGCGUACCCCACUUGCAGAAUGGGGAUCAUCAUUUUAACAGCUGUUCUCAGAAUCGUCUGAACCACCCGAACCCUAGCCAGAGCCCUCGCACACCAACCCCCUCUGUUACUCCAGUUCCCAGUUGCAAGUACGCUGAACCGAGUGCGGCCUCUCCCCAAGAUUUGAGCACCAGCGGGUCUCACCCUCCGCCGGCGGGCAGCCCCGAAUCUAGAACCUCCCCUCAACCCCCGAGGCAGGCCUCACAAAAUCCGCAACACCCCUCUCCCACGCAUUCCCAAGGGGUACCCCCGACGCAACAAUCGUCUAGCCAGCAGGCCAGUCCUCAGCAAACGCAGGGUCCACAAGAUUCCUCGUCACCGCAAGCGGCCCAGCAAGGACAACCAAAGGCGGCCUAUCCCAACAACCCGCCCCAAAUCUAUCCCUGGAUGAGAAAAGUUCAUGUUGGGCAAAUUGAAGUUUGCGGCCACAAUUCACUCGGCCCAAUUCAAGAACACUUUAUAGCGAUAGCAAGCAAGACAGCGAAAUUACAUCUUGACAGAGCAGAGAGCGAAGCUAAAGUGCGUAGUUAUGAAAGAUGGAAGCACACGAAGAGAAAAGUUUUGGUUCCCAAUAUUAUGUCAUCAGAGCUCGCAGGCCAUAGAAUGACCCAGAAAUGAUGCAAUCCAGAGAAGUUAUUUCGAUUUUUAAAACAGA